AUGAAUACUUGUGAAUAUGAAGAUAGGAGUACCUGUCUGAAAACCAUCAUCCGUCAGAAACAUCAUCGGAAGAUAGUUUCAGGAAUCAGAUUGCUUACUGAAUCCUGCAAUACUGCCAGAACAAGCAGCAUUGUAAGCGCGAGGGAGGUUAAUAAGGAUCAAGAAGAUGUUCUUGAGCAGAAAAGUGAGCUCCCUCGCGAUAUACUAAUGCAUCAGAUACUGGCUAGACUGCCUAUCAAAUCCUUGCUUCGAUCAAAGUUGGUCUCCAAAGAAUGGUACACUACUGUCUCCUCUAAAGAAUUUGCUAAUAUUCAUUUAAAAACUUGUUACUCUAGUUUAUGUCCCUCUUCUCCUGUAGACUGCCUGUUUAUUCAAGCAGAAAAAGAUUUCUAUCUUUUCUACCUUCAAGAAGGAGAAAAAGUGCUUGAUUAUUCCUUAGUGAAACUUGAGCCUAAUUUUGAAUGUAACAGCCUAAAUGAGCUUCGUUUGGUAGGCUCGUGUAACGGCCUAGUAUGUUUAUCAGAUUCUUUAGCAGGUUACAUCUAUGUUUGGAACCCCAUUGCUUAUAAUUGGCAGAAGUUUUCUGACCUCUGCUUGUAUUCUUAUAACUACUGCAUCUCUUGGGGUUUCGCCUAUGUUUCCUCUAUUGAUGACUAUAAGGUAGUGAGAAUAGCAGAAAACUAUGACACUCAGGAAAUCAGUGUGUCAGUUUUCUCAUUGCAGACCAAGGAAUGGAAACAGAUUCAUGAUCAUGGGCUUGAUCAUCGCGUUUCUUUAGCCAAAACUAACCCUGGUGUUUUGGUGAACGACACACUCUAUUGGAUCAUGGAGACAAGAGAUUCUACUAGGAAGAAUGUUGUUGUAGGUUUCAAUUUGAAACUUGAGAAGUUUGAUGAAAUUCCCGGUCUUUUUCCUAGGAGUGCCGGUUUUCAUAAUCACUUUCUGUGUGUCAUGGGAGGGUGCUUGUCCUUGUGCAGCUCGAACCUGCAUAAGGAGUCUUAUUUAUCGAUGAUGAAGCAAUCCGGUGAGGUUGUGGAAUCAAUUUUACUAUCCUCUAACUCGAAAUCGUGGUCGUACUCAAGCCUGGUGGGAUUCACAGGGACUGGCAAGUCACUUGUGGUAUCAAAGAGUUGGGAGCUAGCUCUGGUUGAUAUGAAUUCAUCCCCUAAGCAGUACAUUCCCCUUGUAACUUUCGAUGAAGCUCGGAAACCUUAUAUGGUGAGCUACUUUCCUAGUUUAAUCCCACCAUUUGUAGUUUGA